AGAAAAACCGAGCGACGAGAAAGCAGCGUAGAUUCUUCCUCAUUCAUAGUUCAACUGUCUUGGAAGAGAAAGUAAAAGGACGCAUAGCCUACUGUGUAAUUCGACGGGUGGUGUGUCUUAAAGUGUUGCUGCAGCAUCUCAUCUGCCUUGCAGUCCCGCCUGAUUAUUUCGUCGUUCAUUGCUGUUUUCAAAAACAAAAAAGAAAAGUACAAAUUACUUUGUUUGCGCUCCCCCCUCCUCCUUUGAGAGUUUUGCUGCGUGUGCAUGUCGAUGGUAAUCUACGAUUUACAAUAAUUCAUCAUAAUUAUAUCUAUAUAUCGAAGAAAAUAACUGCAUAAGUACACUCCUUUUGUUUGUUCCGAAUAGAGAGGAAACGAGACGGAGAAAUCCUCUGGCUUAUCCACGCUGCACCGCUCAAUAAAGUCGAUAAUAAGUGCGUAAAGAAGGGAGAGCUCUGUCUUUUUUUGUUUUUGCGGUGCAUUACCACUUUCUCAUUUCCAGCAGAUUGUACUGGAAGUACAUUUUCUCUCUCUCUCUCUCUAUAUAUAUAUAGCGCGAUAGAUUGCGAAAGCAAUAAGGGAAACCAAAGAUGUCGUCUCCGGAGGAUGUGCUGUACUACCUCUACGACCCUAAAGUGGUCUUUCCGGCGCGCAACAAGUACAUUCGGGUCAUAUCAGAGCUCAUCGCGGGCUACUACGACUCGUCGUACAUCAACAACAUCGAUAUAAUGGACGUCUUGCGUGGCGGGGCCGUGGAGGCAAUCGAGUUGUGCCGCGACGCGCGCGAGAUCUUAACAAAGGAGCCGACCGUGCUGGAUGUAGAUGUCAGCGACAAUGAUGAAUUGGUGCUUGUGGGCGACAUCCACGGACAGUUCAACGAUUUACUUCACAGUGUGUUGUCGGUGCAGCUCAGCAAAUCAGCACCGGUCCGAGACUCCUCGGCGGUGACCUCCUCGUCGCCGGAGGUGUGUAUGGAAACCGGCGGUGAGGAGAGCGGUGGGGUCCCGCGCUCGCCGGCCCCCGCUGCCUCGUGGAAUCGCGUGAACAGCAGCGAGUUCGCCUCGCAGCCGGACAAGACCAUUCGCUUUUUGUUUCUCGGCGACUACGUCGACCGCGGCCCGCGCAGCGUUGAGGUGAUUGUGCUGUUGCUGGCGCUGAAGAUUGAGUACCCUCAGCACGUUUUUCUCCUUCGCGGCAAUCACGAGGAGGCGCAGACGAGCCGUCUCUACGGCUUUUACAGCGAGUGUCGAGCAAAACUCUUUGUUGUGCUGCGCAGCGAAGGGGAGCUGAUGCUGAGCGGGACGGAGUCGCUCAUUCAACGCACGUUGAGCAGAAACAGCUGCGACGGGGAGGGGAGGGCGGACAGCGACGAGGACGAUGACGGCAAUGCUGUGGGGCAAACACAAAGUAUUCGGAAUGUAGCGUGCGAAGAGGACCCCACGGGCUCCUCUGGCUCGCUGAUCUGCCCCAAUUUCGGCUCUCUUUUUAACGUUGACGGCGCGGUGGAUGCGUGGAUGUCUUUCAACGCCACAUUUUGUUGGCUGCCCCUCGCCGCCGUGGUGAGUUGCAGCGCCGGUCGUUUCUUCUGCGCCCACGGAGGGCUGAGUCCGGCACUGCACCGCAUCUCGCAACUGCGCCGCGUACGUCGCGAGACCUACGGCUCCGAGAAGUGCGAGACGACGACCUCCGCGUGCAGCAGCAACACCUGCAGCUCACGCAGCAGCCCUGAGCCGUCGCCACAGGAGAUGUGCACGAGCCCGGUCGCACGACGCGGGCCCCACCAAAUCAUCGAUGGCCUGCUCUGGUCAGACCCGUCAGAAUCGCAGUCGGGGUGUCGGACGAACGUGCGGGGCUGCGGCUACAGUUUCGGCCCCGACGUGACACGGCGGUUUCUAGACGCGAAUUACGGCUAUGUGCCCCCGCACCGUCACGCACGCGAGGAGAACGAAGACGAGGGCGGGGGCGACGGGCCGAGCUUCCCUCUGACCUCGUCCACCGCCACGGUGAAACGGGAGGCGGCGCUGUCGGAGUCGCAGGGGAUGCAGUUCAUCAUGCGCGCCCACCAGUGCGUGAAGGCGGGCUACCAGUGGACGCAGGAGCGCCUAGUGAUCACCAUCUUCUCCGCACCGAAUUACUGCGGCAUGAACGGGAACAAGGGUGCCAUUGCGAUGUUGCGUGGCGCUGCGCAGAGCCGCGGCAGCCAAAUCCAGCUGGAGUUCAAAACCUACGACAGUUUCAAGCGGGUCUUGUCGACGCCGGGGUCUCAGGUGAGGCUCGGGAAACGGGAGAAUAGUGCGAGCGGCGGCAACCUCUACGCGGCUGGCGGAGGCGGAGGUGGGAGUGGUGCGGUUGCGAACGGUGCCGCCAACAGCAGCAGCAGCAGUCAAGCGCGUCCCUAUCAGCCGCCAAACCGCAACGUGGUGAACAACCCUGUGUUGGAAGCCUACUUUGGCUCGUCAAAUCGGUAA